UCAUCAUACACACAUCCCUGUAGGGAUUUGAAGCUCUGCAUCCCCUACUGCUCUUGGCUUCUGAAUCCUGGGACAAGAGGCAAGCUCAGCGUGCUGCCGUCCUUCGGAUUUCUCUUUGACAUUGAUGGGGUGCUGGUGCGAGGGAAGACCCCCAUUCCUGCUGCCAGAACAGCCUUCCAAAAGCUGGUCAACUCUCAGGGACAGUUCCUGGUGCCCGUGGUCUUUGUCACCAACGCAGGGAACUGCCUGCGCCAGAAGAAAGCUGACCAGCUGUCUCACCUGCUGGGGGUUCCAAUUUCACAAGAUCAAGUGAUGAUGUCACACAGUCCUCUGCGGAUGUUCAAGCGUUAUCAUGAAAAAUGUGUUCUGGUAUCUGGACAAGGACCACUUCUUGAUAUUGCUCAAGACCUUGGUUUCUGCCAGCCCAUCACCAUUGACGCCCUGCGGGAGAAACGCCCUCUCCUCGAUGCAGUUGACCAUGACAGAAGACCCAAUGUCCUGUCUCCUUCUGCUGUGGAGCUUCCCAAGAUUGAGGCUGUGGUGUUGUUUGGGGAGCCAGUGAGAUGGGAAACCAGCCUGCAGCUGAUAAUUGAUGUUUUGCUGACAAGUGGCUAUCCUGGAAAUCCCUAUGAGCAGGAAAACUACCCUCACAUUCCCGUGCUUGCCUGUAACAUGGACCUGAUGUGGGUGGCUGAGGCACAGUCCCCAAGGUUUGGGCACGGGACAUUCAUGGUUUGUUUGGAAAACAUUUACAAGAAGAUCACUGGCAAAGAGCUGAAGUACGAGGUGUUAAUGGGCAAACCCAGCAGGCUGACAUACCAAUAUGCAGAGCACCUGAUCCGGGCUCAGGCCCUGCAGAGGAGCUGGGAGCAGCCCAUCCAGACCCUCUAUGCUGUGGGGGACAAUCUGAUGACGGAUGUGUACGGCGCUAACCUGUACAACCGCUACCUGGAGAGCUCCAGGACAGGUUCCAAAUCCCGCCUCCAGGCCAAGGUUUCUGGAGGCAGAGGCCCUGCCACGCUCUCCCAGGACAGUGAGAUUGGCCUCAGCUGGGAGAACGAGCUGGCAUCUGCAGCUGCUGCCCACUGCAGGUCUGUCCUGGUUUGUACCGGGGUGUACAACCCCCACACCGAGGUGCCCCUGGACACCAGGGACAGCAUAACUGAGAGCGUGUUCCACGGCCACAGGGAUUUCAGGUUCGACCCUGGCUUGGUGGAACCAGACCACAUUGUGCCAGAUGUGGAUGCUGCUGUAGACCUGGUCUUCCAGCUGGAGAACUUUGUACCUAACUGAGGUGACAUGAUUUCUUAAGGACCGCUCAGUGCUGCGCUUUUCUUCCCCAAAACACAUUGUGCUUUACAAGAGUGCCACAAACUGCUGCCUUUAAACUUUUUUAACCUCUAAAUUGAUACAAUCUUCUACUAAGUAUGCUUAUUAGAAGUACACGUAGGAACAUUAGUGUGUUUAAGUACAUUAAAUAUCAAUAAUGCUUUCUAUAGUGCUUCUAAAUAUGGAAUUUCUGGCUUGAGUUGCCCAUUAUUGUCUUCUUCUUUGUUAUGUUAGGGACUUUAAUAGCAAUAUUUCAUAGUAGCCUAUUCAUGUACUGGUUCUUAAAUCCCUCCACAAAAGUACCUCCUUUUGUUUGCUGGAAGAUUUAGCUUUUAGGUGUUGGGGAUGUUGAGGAUAUCAGAUUGUGGUGCUGGCGUCACUCAGUCCAUUCCACGUGGGCUGGUACAGAGCACACCACGUCUCAGUGCCUGGCAUUCUGCAAGUACUCAGUGCUCCCUUCAAUCAGAGCAGAGUUCAGCCUGUCCCACUUUGGACUUGCUCUGAUCUAACUGCUGCUGCCUUUCCUUGUGUCUGUUUUCCCAUGUCCCUGGAGUUUUAUUGCUCCUCUUAUUGCUGUGUGAAGCCCUGGCUGUGUUGGAGCUCCAUAAUCCUGGAAGGGAAGCAGCAGACCUGGGUGGUGCCCUCUGGGGCCUUUUGCUGCUUUUUGCUGCAUUUCUAUCUGCACUUUUCUUUUAUUUAGGAAUUUAGAGUCUUAGAAAGCUUUAGCAGUUUUGUUUCAGGUGUUUCUGUGAGUUGGGACUUGACCACUGAAUCAGGGACUACUGCUUGGCCAAAAAGUGCCUCCUAAUUUACUUGAAGCCUCAUACCACUGUGGUAAUUAACUGGCCUUUAGUGUAAUGUAUCUCAUCUCAUGUCAAUGUUACAUGUUGUUUGGGUCAUGAAUUUUAAUAGCUGUUCAUUUAAAAUGAAAAAGUAAUUUAUUUUUUUUUUGUUAUUCCUGUAAAAUACUUCUAAAGUUUUCAUCCCAAAGAUGCCUUUGAAAGUAUUUCUGUGUUGUUUGUUGUAACACAAUAUGUGUUGUACCUGUGACUUAAGCUUGGAAAACAUAAGCCAGUUCACUGUUUUAAAAUCAAAGUCAACUUACACACAAAGAUCAAUUCACAUUAGGGACUAAGUCAGGUUUUUAGGGUUGAGUUUUUUAGGUGUUUUUUUUCCUCAAAUUAGGCAUUGUACAAACAAAAUCCUGGGUGUUCAUUUCUCCCAGGUUCCUGCAGGGUUGGCAGAAUGCCUUCCUGGCCAAAUCCUUCACUGCUCGUUAUCCCAACAGCAGCUCUGAGAGCUCACAGCUGCUGUGAAGUCAGAUUUUGUUGUGUUUCCUCUGCUUGCAAAGCACUGCAGUCCCUUCUCCACUGUCAGGAUUGUUGAUUCAUCUCUUGUAAUGUUUCCUGAGGAGCUUUCAGUGUCUCACUGGAUCCUGUGUAAGGACACUGCUCUAAACAGUCGAUUUCCUGCUUCUUCACUGGAAAAGUAUUUACAGCAGCACAUUCUUGCCUUUUCAUUGGUACAAUGAACAGGUAUCUACCUGUUUCUUUAGCACUUUUCUGUAAUAUACCAAGUAUUCGCAAAGAAUGCCAAAUCUAAGUAAAGAUUGUGAUUUUGUAAGGUCAGGAUGAUUUGAAGUUGUUUCAGUACUAAGGCAUGUUGUACAACUCUCUACCAGAAUCGGUGGAGCAAGGAAUAAAAAUGUUGGAAAUUGCUGAAGAACAGAAAAUGUUCUGUUUCUCCUUUUUUUUUUUUUUUCUCUGCAAUGUGGAUGAACACUUGAAAAGAUUCAUGAAAGAACUGUAUAUAGACCUCUUAAAUCUCAUCCCUCAUGGAAACAUUAACAUAAAAUGUGUUUAUAGAGGAGGAAGACAGUCCUCCAAGCCUCAGGAUAUUCCAGAUUCUCCAUCUCCAUGGACUGAACUCCAGCUUGGUGAGUGGCAGUUUGGGCUUGGCAGACCCUCAAAAAGCCAAAAUGCUGAAAAACCAGCAGUUGAAGGAAAUAAAGGAAAUCAUAAAUAGUGACCUGGAUAACACUACACACAGAAGGCAGUUGCCAAAGAGGUGGAAAUCUCUUUCCAUCAGUGUAAAUUAAAGCUGGGAUUACAGGAGUUUCUCUGAAACUCAGUGGUGUGCCUGUAUGCUCUGUAGCUUGAACAGAAAUGGAAACUAACAGAUAUCACAGCCUAUCUCACACAGCCUGUAUUAAAACCUUUUGUCUAGACAAGGAUGAAUUCUUGGGUGAUGAAAUAUGUCCUGUUUUCAGCGUUGACAGAAACAGGCUGCACACUUAAAAGUUUCAGGGAAGUGUUUUUGUGGUCGCUUCUGUGAAUAAAACAGAUGAGUGGAUAUU